CUGCCAUCCUGGAGCGCAACGGGAACGCCCUGGCCAACAGCGCCCGGCGCCUGGAGGUGGUCAGGAACUGCAUCUCCUACGUCUUCGAGAACAAGAUGCUGGAGGCCAAAAAGCUGUUUCCAGCUGUGCUGCGCGCCAUGAAGGGCCGGGCGGCGCGGCAGUGCCUGACGCAGGAGCUGCACCUGCACGUGCAGCAGAACCGCGCCGUGCUGGACCACCAACAGUUCGACUUCGUCAUCCGCAUGAUGAACUGCUGCCUGCAGGACUGCACGGCCACAGACGAGCACGGCAUCGCCGCCGCGCUGCUGCCGCUGGUCACCGCCUUCUGCAGGGUGAGUCAGCCCUGCUCCUGCCCCACGG